GUUUGAUAAAACAACAGUGGGGAAAAUCUGGCUAGCUAACUGAGAAUGACACAGCAUGCUUUUCGUAGCUGUCGCUUGCGGCUUUCUUGGCAUAACGUUGGCAGCUCCCUUCGAGGAAGAAUUAGUAUACCCAGAGCUAUUGCAGGAAAGGAGUGAAAGUGGUCAGCUUGUGCUGCGAAUAAAAGACACGACUUUGCACCUGAAGAAAAGCUCGGUACUGGCAGAUGACCUCUUCGUGGGUACAAUCGUCGACGGUGACACUGAGUACACUCUGUGGAACGGAACAAGUUUAGAAGAGAACCUGUACCAUGACAGCGUGCAGCAAUCAUCGAUUAUGCUUUACCAAGAUGACCGGGCAUUAAAAGUGGAGGGAAUACUUAACCCAAGCUGGAGAAUCGCGCCACUCUUGUCGAUCGAACGCUCUGAAAACGCUCCAAUACCUCACACGGUCUACCGAGUUCAAGAAACGGACCAUAGAAAAGAUCUCGCUUUUCGUGACCUUACUAUCGAUAUUCCUGUGCUCAAGAGGGGCUAUAGAGGAUAUUGGCGUAAUCCCAGGAACAAGCUUCCAAAGGAGUACGUCGCUGAAAUCUAUUUAAUAUCCGGCAGCCGCCACCAGAAACAGUUCAAGGAAGAUAAAAAUCUCAUCGCCUACAUGGCUGUACUGAUGAACGCAGUGAACGUAUGGUACGAAGGAAUGACCAAACCAAAAAUCAGGACCAAAAUUGUGGGAAUUUCACGAAACAAAGAUCUCCGAAAUGAAGUAAGAGCCGGCCGCUACUUGAACGGCCGCCUCACUUUAGGCAAAUUCAUAGAACACGUAAAUAAAAACUUGCCAGGAAAUUCGGACGUUGUCUACGUGAUCACCGAGCAAGACUUGGCUACAAUACCACUCAUUGGCAGACCUGAGGGCAACCUUCUAGGUCUCGCAGCCAUGGCCACCCUUUGCACUCCUUUGAGGGUCGGCAUCGGCGAAGACAUGGCCGGCACCUUCAAAGGAGUUUACACCGCCGCUCAUGAAAUUAUUCACAUCUUGGGCUCAUCUCACGAUGGAGGCCCAGGCGCCCCGUGGAUUCCCAACAACAAGGGAGGCCGGCCAUGCUCCUGGAACCAAGGAUACCUGAUGAGUUACGUCGAUGGUGGUGUCAAGAAAUACAAGCUCUCGCCUUGCACCAAGGCACAGAUUCGGGGACUCCUCAGAAUCGUACCAGACAAGUGCUUAGCGGAAACUGCGAAAUUAAGUAUGAGAACCCGAGGCAAAAUACUUCCCGGUCAAAUCAUGACUGCGGAAGACUACUGCAACGGUCUACUGUCAGACCAAGGACUAGGUCUGCCAAUUCAGCCACCAAACCAGCUCAAGCAGUGCAGGAUGAUGUGCUGCCUGAAAACAUCAUACGGGGGUGGAAAGUGUCGAAAGGAAUUUGUUCCUGAUGGAAUGAGCUGCGUGCAUGGGAAGACCUGUAGAAAGGGAAUUUGCGGAUACCAUGCUUUGGAUUCAUGAUUCCUCAUGCGACAUGCUCUGACAAAUUUUGCCGUGGAGAAGGAAACAAUACUGAAUAUUUUAUUGCGAGAAUAAAUGUACUUGCUC